GCGGUUCUAACUGUUUCUGUUUUCCAUUUUGGUUCAUCAGAAUCACAUCACAUAACCAUCUAAAUUCUUUAAAACUAAUGCGAUGAAAACUGUAUUUCUUACUGUCGGAACAACAUGUUUUGAUGAUUUAAUUGUCACUGUGACUUCAAAUGAAUGCGUGCAGGCAUUAAUUGAUCGUGGCUACACAGACAUGGUGCUUCAGGUUGGCAGAGGAUCGGUCGUGCCUGAUCCAGAGAUCUGUCCGGGUCUGAGACUUCAAGUGUUUCGUUUUAAAGACUCAAUCGCUGAGGACAUGAGACACGCAGACCUUGUCAUCAGUCAUGCUGGAGCUGGAAGCUGUUUGGAAGCACUUGGAGCUAAUAAAGCUCUUAUCGUAGUGGUCAAUGACAAAUUAAUGGACAAUCACCAGCUGGAGCUUGCAAAGCAACUGCAAGCUGAUUCACACCUUAUUUACUGCACCUGCAGCACCCUGCCUCAGACAUUAAAAGAUAUGGAUCUUGCUUCAUUGACAACAUACAUGCCUGGUGAACCUCAGAAAUUUGGGAACUUUUUAGAUAAGGCUAUGGGACUGGUUUGAGUACUGUCUCUUGAACUGUGGUCAGCUCAGGAUGUGGAUCAAACUGCAUUACUGAGACGUGUUGUGCAAUUUUGGUAAAUUUACCAACCAAAUAUUGUUAUGGUGUGAUGAGGGUUUGUAUAUAGUAGUUGUGCAGCUGUGUUCUGUAGGGUGGCCUCUUUUUUGACACAUUGUAUAAUAAAAAUAUAAUGAUUUAAGUUUCCAAUAAAAAUGAGGUAUUUGAAUAA